AUGCAGCCGAGCCCAAGUGUCGAUUUCGUCUUGUGCACUGUUUCCUGGGAGCCUCAGCAGGUUGACAUCCUCCGCAGAGCCUUCUACCCGGCCGAGUUCGUCUACUGCUACAAGGAUGAUGCCCAGGCUAUCCGGGCUGCUCUUUCACGAGCCCAGGUCGCCAUUCUAGCAGGCGACAUCCCCCCGGACAUGCUGUCGAAUGCUCCGCAUCUCGUCUGGGUGCACUGUGACCACGCCGGCCUCAACAAGUCGGCCCGGCCAGAGGUGUUUGAUCGGGGACUCGUCGUCACGAGUUCAGCUGGGCGGUCUGCACCCGCGCUCGCACAGCACGCCUUCUUCUUCGCCUUGUCGUUGGCGUACAAAUCUAGAGACCUGCUGGCGCGGCAGGCAGCCCACGAGUGGCAUCAGGGACGUGAGGAGCUGCGCCUGGGCGGCGCCCUCUGGGGUCGACGCCUGGGCAUCCUGGGCUUCGGGCACACGGCUAAGGAGAUGGCGUCGCUGGGGCGCGCUUUCGGCAUGCACGUCACUGUCCUGCGGAGGAAGAAGGCUGGCGGCGACAUGGAGGUGACUGCUGCGACCGUCGACACCAUGUUGAGCGUCGAGGCCGGUGACGGCAUCGAGGGCCUCCUAAGCUGCGAUGUGGUGAUGCUCGCUGCGGGGCUAACGGACCAGACGCACCAUAUCUUUGGUGCCGAGCAGUUUCGACAGAUGAAGCCGUCGUCCAUCAUCAUCAACAUGGGCAGAGGAGCUCUGAUUGACGAGGAGGCCUUGGCAGACGCACUUAAGGGAGGGCAGAUUGCAGGAGCAGGGCUGGAUGUCUUUGAGGUUGAGCCUCUGCCCAAGGAGUCGCCGCUCUGGGACCUUGAAAAUGUACUCAUCACACCUCAUUCAACGCCAGGAAUGCCGGAUCGCACGGCACGAUCGAUCGGCGUUGUAUGUGAGAAUAUCAAGCGCUUCAAAGCUCAGGAGCCGCUGCUCAAUACCCUUGAUCGGAGCGACGUGUACACAAUGGGCAACAGCAGUUAG